AUGACGGAUACUCGAAUAUCAACAAAGUCGAAAUCAAUAACAAAACUCCCACCCACUAAAAAAGGUCUCAAAAAAAUAAAAAGCAGAAUAAAACGAGAACUCGAAGAAAGAAGAAGGGAGCGCAAAGCAAAUCUUGAACGAGAUUGUGUGGAAGAGGAAUUGGACGAAGAGACUAUUAGAGCUGCAAACUUGAAAUAUAACAUGACAUGCUUUUUGCUGAACCUAGAAAGUCCAGAGGAGAAAAUACUCAAGCAAAAGGUACCGGCUCAAUCCCGCAAAUUUUCAAUAGACUGA